UCCAUUAAUGAGGUAGAUACCAUACUAAUAUUUAUAUUCAAAGUUGCGACGUGAGGCAAAAAUAUGAAUGAUACUGGGGACAAACUAACGGAUUUAUCAACUGAAAAAGAAAAGGAAAAACGCCCACAAUUCGGAAACAGAAACCUUGAAAAUCAGGAUAAUGUGUUUGAACACAAUGCAUGUAAUCAAGAUUAAGAAGUGUGUUGAUAAUAAAAUACUACAGUGGUUCUUUAGAAGAUCCUUUGUAAGAUGUGUUGAUGUUCUUCAGUUAUCACCCUAUCAUUGGACACAAGUUUUAAGAUAUCAUUGGACACAAGUUUUAAGAUAUCCUAAUGUCUACUGGUCGAACAGUCAGAGGUCAUUCCAUAGUAAAAAGAUCCAACGACCUGUGGGUGGAGGGAGGCCUUUAGUUAAUCAAGAUGAUAUUUUCAAAUGUAACAAUUGGGACAAUGUCGAAUGGGAUGCUGAACAAGAAAGAUCUGCUAAAGAAAUAACAGAAAAUCAGUGGAAAUCAAAACUGUCUCAGGAGAAAAUAGACGAAUAUGAAGAUGAGGCAGGUUCGCACUGGGAUACAUUCUAUGGAAUUCAUCAGAACAGAUUCUUUAAAGAUAGAAAUUGGUUGUUUACAGAAUUCCCUGAGUUGUUGCCUCCUCCUGAUGAGGCUUCUGGAAAUAAACCUGAAGAGACUUGUGUCAGUGCUGUUAAUGGUUCUAGUUUUAACUUAUUAGAGGUUGGCUGUGGUGUUGGUAAUACAGUGUUUCCAGUUCUAAAAACAAACCAGAAUCCAAAUCUAAAGAUAUACUGUUGCGAUUUUUCACCUACAGCUAUAGAAAUAGUUAAGAAUCACCCAGACUACAACCAAGACCGCUGUCAUGCAUUUGUAUGUGAUAUAUCAGAUGAGAUGUCGACUAUUCCAAUUUCUGAUAAUUCUUUGGAUAUAAUCACUAUCAUAUUUGUUUUGUCUUCCAUUUCACCAGAAAAAAUGCAAUAUGUGGUGAACAGAUUAACUAGAUAUUUAAAACCAGGAGGGACUAUUCUCCUCAGGGAUUAUGGAAGAUAUGAUUUGGCUCAGUUAAGGUUUAAACAAGGUAGAUGUUUGUCAGAGAAUUUUUAUGUUAGGGGAGAUGGAACGAGAGCUUAUUUCUUUACUCAAGAUGAAUUGAAACAAAUUUUUGAAAAAGCAGGACUAGUAGAAAAACAGAAUUUAAUUGACCGACGUUUACAAGUAAACAGAGGAAAACAGUUAAAAAUGUACAGAGUUUGGAUGCAAUGUAAAUAUGUAAAACCUUGCUCAUCUACCAAUUAAACGUGUCAUAUUUCG